AUGAUUAAAACUGCAUUACCAACAGGUUCAUUCGAUCAAAUUUUAUCAUCUUACGAAGACGAUCGCGCUUCUAUCGAAUUCAACAAUGAAAUUCACACUAUUCUUAUCUGCAUUGGUCUUCUUACAGUUAUUCUAUUGAUUGUUCUUCUUAUAUUUUCAUUUGUUAGUAAAUGCAUGAGAUUGUUCAACGAUGAAAUAAAUUCAACGACGAAAAUUAAUCGUUACCAAUCGAAGUUUUCAAUCAAUACACGAAUAAAAAAAUCGUCAGUUUCAUCAUCAUCAUCAUUUCUAAUUGGUUAUCAACCAAAUAAAAUACCACUCAAACCUUCACUUUCGGCAACACUACGAAUGCUUCAAUAUAAACAACAACAUUUUCCUGCGAUUGUUCAUGUUUAA